AUGGCAUCAGUUCGUUCCAUUAGUGCAUCAAAACCACCUGAACGUUUAUUAAAACAACGCCUAACAUCUACAUCAACUCCAACAUCAACACUUUCCCCAAGAAAAUUAACACUGAAUAGAAAAACUGCACCAACAGCACCGACACGACAAAAAUCUUCUCGAAUGACAUCAAGAAAAGGCCCUAUUGGACCAGUAACAUCAUCUACUAAAGUUAACUCGACUAUUAUUGAGAAAAAAAAGGACACUAUUGAAUUGGUAACAGACCAAAUUGAUACGAUGCAAAUCGAUGAUAUACCUGCAAUAAGACCUAGUUCAAGAGCAUCGUAUGCCGGAACGACUUCAGCUUCAAUAAUUGAUACAGAAUCGAUUAGAUCAAUUGAAGAAAAGCCACAUGAUAUAAAUGAAGCAUCCUCUUCACCAUUAAUAAAUUUAAAUAAUAGUCAAUUCACAUUAGAAUCCUUCGAUACUAUACGCACAAUUGGUACUGGCACAUUUGGUCGAGUACAAAUUGUUUAUCAUCGUGAUAGUAACACGUAUUAUGCACUUAAAACAAUGUCUAUAAAACGUAUUAUUGAAUCAAAACAAACUGAACAUGUACGAAAUGAAAAAGAUAUACUAUCAAAAAUUAAUCAUCCAUUUCUCGUACGGUUAUAUUGGACGACACAUACAAGUAGUUUAGUUUUUCUUUUGCUUGAAUAUUUACCCGGUGGUGAACUUUUUCAAAUGAUGCGUAAACGAGAAAAAUUUGAUUCUAAAUUAGCUGUAUUCUAUGCAAGUGAAGUUCUACUUGGACUUGAUUAUUUACAUCAUUUAGAUAUACUUUAUCGAGAUUUAAAACCGGAAAAUAUUUUAUUGGACAGUGAAGGACACAUACGUCUCGUCGAUUUUGGUUUCGCUAAAGAAACCAAAGAACGUACAUUUACCUUGUGUGGUACUGUUGAUUACCUUGCCCCAGAAGUAAUUCAAAAUCGUGGCCAUCACAAAGCAUCUGAUUGGUGGGCUUUUGGCGUUCUGAUAUUUGAAAUGAUAGCUGGCUAUCCGCCAUUUUAUGAUGCUGAUCAAUUUGUCGCUUAUCAAAAAAUUAUUUCUGGUAAAGUCGAAUUUCCACGCCAUUUUGAUUAUGCUGUCAAACAAUUACUUCGUAAAUUACUCAAUACAGAUCAAGGUCAGCGGCUAGGCUCAGCAAAAGAGGGUGGUGACGAAAUAAAACGUGAACAAUGGUUUGUUGGCGUAUCGUGGACCGAUUCAUAUCAGUUGAAAGUGAAACCACCUUUAAAGCCAACUGUUAAAUCAGCAGGUGACACAGAAAAUUUCGAUGCAUACGACGAAUUCGAUAUAAAACUAACACCACAGGCAGCAAAACAUGAAGUGCAACUAUUUAAAGACUUCUAA